GUCACUGUCAUUAUUUCUAUUUGCAUUUUCGUGUUGAGCUCUUAAAAAUAAUCAACAAUAAGAAUAGUUUCGGAUAUAAAACUAAUUUAACCUUUUGUCACAUAAAAUUAACCCAUUUGUGUUCCAGUCAACAUCAAGUGUAGUUCUAGGAUAAUAUGUCUAUAACCGAAUUUCUCAAAGAUCUACCCUGUCACAACGAGGAAAAUUUCUCGCUAUUCAACACAGAGAAUGGCGUGAAGACUUCUUCCAAGCGACCCUCUGUGUACAUCCAGACUGCCGACAUUCCUUCGGAACAAGUGAUAGUCACCGAGAAAAAGAACAUUUUGUUGCGUUAUCUUCAUCAGCAAUGGGAUAAAAAGAACGCACCGAAAAAGCGUGACCACGGGAAUGAACCCUCCAGCGAUACUCUCAGAAAGCGACCACGGCUUGAGAAUCGUGAAAACAACAAUACAUAAAUAGGAUCCAGGAACAGCAAAAAUAAAUUACAUCACGGUUAAAACACAUGCUCAUCUCAACUCAAACAGCAUCAAUCUUGAAUCGUGCAGAACCAGGAAUUUAGUUCCAAUUAUUUGUAUACUAGCGUGUAAGCUAGCAGCAGUCAAUAUAACAGUAAAAGUAAAAUCUCCAUUUCAUCAUAACUAUGGAGAGUCUGCUGGAUUUUGUUUUCGGUGAAUUAAUAAUUUUUGCUGAUUUUGAAUGUAAAUUUUUUGUAUAUCGGUUUCAAGGACUGUAACAACUAUUUGCCAAAUGAGUUUAAAAUUUGUAGAAUAAACCUACUUGCUUUCUCCUUCGAAUAUGGUGUCGACUGCGUGCUUUCUUGUUCUGUGUUUUUUGUGAAUUAUAUGUUAGGAACAAGUCGGCGCGCAGGGUGCAGAAUUUUGAUUAAUUUAGAAUCGAAAUUGAUUAUGUCUGUUCCGUUGCAGGUAUCAGCAAUGUUUAGUGGAUUUAUUUUUCGCUUAUAUUUUACAGCUCUUGAUUGGUGGCAUUUCGAUUCGACUGUAGAAUAAAGUGUGUAUAAUUGAAA